AUGGCGACCCGGGUCAACGAGAAGGGUUUCACGGUGCUGUAUGAAGCUCCGCAGGCAGCGGUCGAUCUCGUGUUUGUCCAUGGAUUUACUGGGCACCCCAAGGACACUUGGACGCUCAAGCUCAAAAAGCAACGCAAGAAUUCGGCAAAGCGGCAUGGCGAAGACGAUGAGGUCGGAGAUGGAGCGAGGCCUUCCAAGAGGUUGAGAAUGCCAUCUUUCGGCCGACGCCCAUCAACCCUCCACUCCACAGUGGCAUCGGCCCCAGCAUCCCCAGGUUCCAGCCGCACACCGACGGUGGACGGCACAAAUGGCAGAGCCCAAGCCGGAUCUGAAGGGCAACGACCGAAAGAGGUCUACUGGCCGGCAGACCUCGCUUGCCAGACAAUCCCCAACUCCCGGAUCCUGACUUACGGGUACGACACCAAUGUUCGGCACUGGUUCCAGGGCCCAGUGAGCAAGAAAACGAUUUAUGACCAUGCUUGGGACAUGCUCUACUCCCUCGAGGCUUUUCGAAGAGACCCAAACGAGGAACGCCGACCCAUAGUUUUCAUCGCCCACAGUCUUGGUGGUAUCGUAGUAAAGGAAGCCCUUCGGAGCGCCCAAGCGUGUCAGCCAUUGAAGCCUCAUAUCUACGGUAUACUCAAAGCCACGUCAUCAAUCAUCUUCUUCGGCACUCCGCACGGUGGGGCAGAUCCCCGAAACGUCUUCCACCAUAUCCUUGCUGCUUCAUAUCAGGCGUGCGGCGGUCAAGUCAACCCGCAGAUCGUCAAUGCGCUCAUGCCGGAUUCCGAACGCCUAAAAGAACUGAGAGAAGAGUUUCCGGUCAUAUGUCAAGCACAAGGCUGGGCGCUUUAUUCAUUUCAAGAGGAAUACGGCGUCAAGGCCCUCUUCGGAACCACUGUGGUGAAGGACCAGUCUUCUUGUCUUAACAUUCCCACCCUCGAGACACGCCAGUUCAUUUCAAGCGAUCACAUGGACAUGUGCCGCUUCCACGGGCUCCAAGACCCCGAAUACAUCAAGGUUGCGGCCGCCAUGGCGCGCAUUAUGGAGACGAUUGAAGCGAGAUCCCAAGCUACACCUGCUACAGACUCGGAACGCAUCAAUCGCGGACUCCCUGUCGUCGAAAACGAACACCUUCCUCCGGGACAAGAAACUCGAUACAAGGGCUGGAGGGCCGCCGAGUCCAUCACCCAGGAGACCAAGUCGGCGCUUAUCGAGCAGCUUUACUUCACCAAAAUCGAUGAGCGCUUGACAAAUCUCACGACCGCCCAGGGAAAGACCUGCCGCUGGUUUCUUAGCAAGCCAGAAUACACAUCCUGGCGCAAUCCCGCCAACCAGCCCGACAACGGUGGCUUCCUCUGGAUUAGGGGCAACCCUGGCACUGGGAAGUCUAUCUUGAUGAAGCUCCUCUUCGAAGAUGUGAAGUCAAAAAUAAAGCACGAUCCUUCACAAAUUGUUCUCUCUUUCUUUUUCCUCGCACGGGGUGAGCUCGACGAGAAGUCGACUCCGGGGUUGUACCGCUCUCUUCUUCACCAGCUAUUUCAGAUGGCACCAGACCUGAAAGACAGUCUGGAGUGGAUGACGGCCGAUGGCGCGAGGGGGAUCCAAACUAAUGGCUGGAAUGAAGAGGCGCUGAAACGGACGCUCCACCAUGCCAUUCUUAAGCUUGGGAGUCGGCGGUUGACCAUAUUUGUUGAUGCCCUGGACGAAUGCGACGACAACCAAGCGAAAGAGAUGGUUUUCUUUUUUGAGGAGCUCUGUGAUUCGGCGCAGGAUUCGCAGGUUCGGCUAGAUAUCUGCUUUUCGAGCCGGCACUAUCCGCUUAUCACUAUCAAGAAGGGCACCGAGUUGACGCUGGAAGACGAAGUCGGGCACAAGGAGGACAUUCAAUCCUACAUCAAGGCAAAACUCAGACUGAAAAACACCAAAGCCGCCCAAACGCUCCAAGCCGAAAUCCUCGAGAAAUCCUCACUGAUUUUUCUCUGGGUCGCCCUCGUUGUCGACAUCCUCAACUCGGAGUACCCGGGCAAGCCCAUUGAAAAGAUGCGCCAGCGUCUUAAGGAAAUUCCCCCGAAGUUGGCCGACCUGUUCGAGAUGAUUCUCACCCGAGACGAGGAAGAUCCGAAGCUGCUGAAGAUCUGCCUGCAAUGGAUCCUCUUUGCGACCCGUCCCCUGAAACCUCAGGAGCUCUACUUCGCCGUCCAGUUUGGCCUCAAGGAAGGGCCCUGUUCCGGACGGUGGGACCCAGAAACUGUGGACUUGGAUGAGAUGAAGGCUUUUGUAAGACACUCCUCCAAGGGCCUGGCAGGGGUCACGCGGGGCAAAUCGUCCGAGGUCCAGUUUAUCCAUGAGUCGGUCCGUGACUUCUUGCUGGGAAAAUCCGGAGCCAGUCAGUGGUCCGGGGCUAUUUUCAGUGGCAACUUCGAGGGGCAGAGCCACGAAGUGUUGAGGGAUUGUUGUUUGGCCCAGCUCGAAACAGAUAUGGAUCUUGAGCUAUCGGGGAGUCAUCCUUCGGAAGAGAGUUUUGAAGUUGCACAAACACAGCUUCGCGCGGACCUUCCCUUGAGGUUCCCGCUUCUCGAAUAUUCCCUGCGCAACAUCCUCCAGCAUGCCAACAGUGCCCAGCGACAUGGGGUAGGGCAGCGGGCAUUCCUCGACAGAUUUCCUCUCCAGAAGUGGGCAACUGUCCACGACGUCCUCGAGAAGCACGCCGUCCGGCAGUAUUCGCGAUCAGUAAACCUCCGUUACAUCCUGGCACAGAAGAACUUAGCCGAGCUCAUCAAAAUACAGCCUCAAAAGCAGUCAUGUUUCGAUGUUGUAGCCGGGGUACGCUAUGGGCCGCCAAUUUUUGCUGCGCUAGCCACCGGGAGUACCGAAGCUGUUUGGGCGCUGCUAGAAGCCGAAGUGGAAGCCCAGCCAGUUGAGUCUCAGGGCCGCCUUCGGGAACAUUGCAAGCUGGGCUUCCAAAGCCGAAAGCAACUCGGAAAUCUUGGCGGCCUCAGCUUCGUAUUCGCGAAGACGAAGGGGGUGAUCGGUCACCUCGCAGAGCACGGCCACGAGCUCCUCGAUGUCCCCUGGCUAGACCUAUUAUGUCGCAUUGAUCCCUUCUUCGAGCGCCGAACGGCGCUAUUGUGCGCAGUCCGCGGCGGCCACACAGCCGCUGUGGAGACACUGUUUCGGAUGGGUGCCGAGAUCGAUCACGUAGAUAGGAAUGGCCAGACGCCGCUGUUAUUGGCUGCCCGGAAUGGUCACGACGCUAUGGUCAAGCUACUGCUUGACACAGGCAAAGUUGAUAUCGAUUCGAGAGAUAAUAUUGGCCAGAUACCGCUGUUCUGGGCUGCCCAGAAUGGUCACGACGCCUUGGUUAAGCUACUGCUUGACACAGGCAAAGUUGAUAUCGAUUCGAGAGAUAAGAAUGGCCAGACACCGCUGUUCUGGGCUGCCCGGAAUGGUCACGAUGCUGUGGUCAAGCUACUGCUUGAUAUGGGCAAAGUUGAUAUCGAUUGGAGAGAUAAUGGCGGCCGGACACCGCUGUCCUGGGCUGUCCAGAAUGGUCACGACGCUAUGGCCAAGCUACUGCUUAACACAGGCAAAGUUGAUAUCGAUUCGAGAGAUAAUGGCGGCCGGACACCGCUGUCCUGGGCUGCCCAGAAUGGUCACGACGCUGUGGUCAAGCUACUGCUUGAUACAGGCAAAGUUGAUAUCGAUUCGAGAGAUAAUGGCGGCCGGACACCGCUGUCCUGGGCUGUCCAGAAUG